ACGCACAUCUGCCGCCCUACUCUCAACAUGCCCGCAUCGAACCCCUGGACCCUCAGCACGCUUCCCAUCAUUGGCACGGCCAAGAACGACAAGUCCACGUGCCAAUCGUGCAAGCAGUGCAUUCCCCAAGGCGCGGUGCGCGUCGGCCUCAUCUUUCACCACUUGAACGGCUACAUCGCACUCGAUUGGCACCACCUGACGUGCUGCGAGACGCCCGCGCAGCUCCCACACAUUGAGGGCUACGAGCUCCUGAGCGCCCAAGCCCAAGAGCAGGUCCAGCACUACAUUGACCAAGUCGCCGUGUCGUGA